CUAAGGAAAAAGAGACCCUAAAUCCUCCCAAUGGUAAAAAACCUGCAACAGGUUUCCAGUUUGUUUCUUAAUUUUUAGAUUAGCGAAAAGUAUAAUAUGAGAUUCGAAUCAGUAUUUGACGCUGCAGAAAUCACAUCCCAAUUUGAAAAAGCUGGAAUCAACCCUAUCUUCAUCCCCUCCAUUUGGAAGUACUUAAUUCAGCAUCCAGAGUGUGAAUGGGAUGAAAUUCCGUCUUUGCCUUCGGCUGCUUACACUCUGCUCCGCUCAAGAUUUAAGCCUGUUACUUCCACUCUUCAUUCACUUUUCCACUCCUCCGAUGAAGUCACCACAAAACUCCUCAUUAAGUUGCAGAAUGGGGCUUUUGUAGAGGCUGUGAUUAUGCGGUAUGAUACCCGUCUGGGAAAAUAUGCAGGGAAACCCCGUCCUGGCGGUCCGAGGUCUACAUUGUGCAUUUCAUCGCAGGUCGGCUGUAAAAUGGGUUGCAAGUUCUGUGCAACUGGAAGUAUGGGGUUUAAGAACAAUUUGUCAUCAGGAGAAAUCGUGGAGCAACUGGUUCAUGCGUCACGUUUAUCAAACAUACGCAAUGUGGUUUUCAUGGGAAUGGGGGAACCAUUGAACAACUAUAAUGCUGUAGUGGAAGCUGUUCGUGUCAUGACAAGAUCACCGUUUCAGCUGUCACCAAAGAGAAUUACCAUCUCAACGGUUGGCAUUAUCCAUGCUAUCAAAAAGCUUCAUAUCGAUCUACCGGGUUUGAAUUUAGCAGUUUCAUUGCAUGCACCAGUUCAAGAUAUCCGUUGUCAAAUCAUGCCUGCAGCUAGAGCUUUUCCUCUUGACAAACUUAUGGAUACACUAAAAGUAUAUCAAAAGGACAGUCAGCAAAAAAUAUUGAUCGAGUACAUUAUGCUUGAUGGAAUAAACGACGAAGAGCAGCACGCUCACCAACUUGGCAAAUUGUUGGAGACAUUUCAAGUGCAGGUUGUGAAUUUGAUACCUUUCAACCCAAUUGGUAAUCUAAGUCAAUUCAAAACGAGUAAUGAACAGAAAGUGUUAAGAUUCCAGAAAAUUCUGAGAGGCACCUAUAACAUCCGAACAACAAUCCGCAAGGAAAUGGGUCAGGAUAUUAGUGGUGCCUGUGGACAGUUGGUCGUAAACCUGCCUGAUAAGAACUCCGUUGAUAACAAAGGCCUCUUAACUGACAUUGAAGAUCUUCGAAUUUGAUAUAAGCCCAAAUCCUUUCAUAAGAAGAAUCGACAGUAUUAUGAGGAUUGGCAUGGAGUCCCAUCAGGUAGCAGCACUUUUUAAUGGAUUAAAGUUUUUCUUGGUAAAUAUAUAUGUGUGUGUGUGUGUUUUUGUUACAGUAGUUACCUAUUAUGUUAUUUGAAGAUAGUUUCUGUUGCUUACUCCUUGUCUGGUAUUGCCUGGCAAAUCAUAUAAAAUAUACAGCAGAGGUUUAAUUGCAAUCAAAUAAUUAUCUGAAUGUCUGCAA